AUGUGGAAAGACAGUGGUACCAAGCGUCAGAAUAUCCAGCGUGAGAGCGCGAGUGACGACAGUGACGACAGUGGUCGGAUACUUCCAGCCCAGCACCGUAAAAGACUGAGAAGAAACACCAUCGUCCCCAAGACUAGUGAUAAUCACAGUGUCGGGUGUGGAGAUAGCGAUGAUGUCAAGUCUGGAGGCGGUGACAUUGAUUUGAGGGACCGCAGAAUGCCAGAAAAACGGUUCUUGGUACUUACAGCAGCAGGGACAGCUUGUGAUCCAGAGUUGAUACCUUCACCAGAGACAAGUUCUGACGUCAGGGACGAAGUUCUUGAUCGAGAGGAUCAAGGACAGUCGACAUCAACCCCAAGUGAACAACAAGUAGAUGAAGACUCGAUGGCCCACAGUAGUGAUCAGCGAAUCGCCGAAGGCGAGGAACUUGAGUCUUCACUAGAAGAUUUCAAGGAGUCAAGCGGGUCAGAAGACGAAGACAACAGCGGCUCGUUACCACUAGAGCCUGAAGAGGCCAGUGAUUCUAACUUUGACCUAGAAUCAGAGUCUGAGGCCGCGAGCACCGAUACAUCCGAAUCGAAAUUGUUGACCCAGGCAUCGAGAAGAAAAAUUUUUAGGAAGAGAAGUUCCGUACCUCAGAUAAAACGUCGCAGUCGUAGUGCCGAAGAUCACUACCACAAACGCUGGCAUUCAGGGAAGCCAUCAAGGGAAGCACAGCAGAACAUUGUGGAGAAGUUACGGUACGUAUUCUUCUCCUUUGCAGCCACUAGUGAUGGUGGUUAA